AUGUCCGCACUCACUAGUUUACUGAGCGAACUGUUCGCGGCGGACGACGUAUACCAGAUAGCCAGAUAUUGUCAAGCUGCAGCCUGCGCUUUCACUCUCUACGACUGGUGCCUAUCGCUUCCACGCGAAGCAAGGGUGUUUUGGAAGGUACCACCCACGCUAGCAGCAUGCUUGUACCAUGCGGUCCGGUGGUCGAUAGCACUCAAUAGCAUAUCCGUGGUUGUGGCCUUUUCGAGUUAUUCAUUAAAGCACUGUGUAACGGAAUUGGUGACGCAUCGAAGUAGUUGCGACGCGAUUGCGAAAUUGAGCUUGGUCACUACGCUUGUACAAGGUCUUUCAUGGGCAAGCUUUUCCGCUCUACGGGCUCACGCGCUGAGCCAGCAUAGAGUCAUCUCGAUUCUCGUUUUCGUGCUCUAUCUAGCACCGGUUGGGAAUGCUAUUGCUGAGAGUGCUUCAAAUUCGGGGAUUGUGACUUAUUCCCAGCUCGGAUGUCUACCGCAGGGUGGUAUAGGCGCUUCCGGUGGUGGGAUAUCACUGAUAGCAGUCACCCGCAUGUGUCUCGUAGUGGCCGACAUCGUUCUCAUUGUCAUCACAUGGCGAGCAACAGGCACCAGGGGAUGCCGAGCUGUCUUGACCAGGCGUUAUGGAGGUGUGUCAAGCGCGAUUUUUCGAGACGGUGACGCCCUUAUGCUCCUCAAUUUAAUUGAGAUGUGCAUUGCUAUCUACUCCGAGUCCCAAAUCAUGAUUGUAAUCCACCGCAGCACCUUGCUCGGGGUCUGUCUUUUCGCAAGCGUCUUCACCUCGCCGAUAGCGUCGGUUCUGAUCUCGCAUUUCCUGCUCGACCUCCAAGAGGCGAGCCGCAGAGCAGUAAAGCUCGGAAGCGAAGAUCCCCUGUAUUCCGACCGCAGUCUAAGCACGUCGUCGCUAAGGUUCACCUCUAUGGGCAUGAUAGCUCACCCGGAGUUUGCUGAGCUGAGCACUAUGGUCUCUGCGGAUGGUACUCUUGCAGGACAGGAGUGCUGUGUGGAGGAGAAUGGUGUUUGA